UCGGUGUUAGUCGCAAGUUGAGAACCACUCGGCACAGAAUUUCAGUCCAAUCGUUCCGUUCCGAUCCGCUUUGAUCCGUUCCGUUUCGUUCCGCACUUCGAAUCGAAUUCGAUGGCCCGCUGAAUCCGAAGAAUCUGCGCCUCAAGCUGAGCUGUGAUACGAAUCCGCAUCUGAAUAGAAGUCGCAGCGGCACCUCAAGUAGUCGCCCCCAAUUGCUCGCGUCUGGUUGUGCGUCUUGGAGAGAUGCAUUCCCUGCUAGUGUUAGGAUUCCUGUGGGCUGGCCUGGUGGCGUGCAGCUGGGCAGGAGUCACCACCCAGCCGCCUCCACUGAUUCGCACCCUGAGCGCCGGAGGAGACAUAGGACCCCAGUUUGAUGUGGGCAAACCCACGGAACCCGAAGAUGCCGAAUUCUGGCACAACGUGGGCCUGAGGCAGCUGGAGAAGACCAUUAAGCAGGCCCAGCGGGUGAAGGAGAACUCCUACCAGAAGAAGGCCCGGAACAUCAUCGUCUUCAUCGGCGACGGCAUGGGAGUAUCCACGAUCAGUGCUGGUCGCAUCUACAAGGGACAGUACCUGAAGCACGGUCACGGCGAGGAGGAGACUCUCGUCUUCGACGACUUCCCAAACACUGGAAUGGCCAAGACUUACAAUGUGGACAAACAGGUGCCGGACUCGGCGGGCACUGCCACCGCGAUCUUCUCGGGAUCGAAAACCCAUUACGGAGCCAUCGGAAUGGAUGCCACGCGCUCCAAGAAGAACGGCCAGCAAGGCAGGGUCCAAAGCGUCAUGGAGUGGGCGCAGAAGGAGGGCAAGCGCACUGGAGUGGUCACCACCACCAGGAUCACCCAUGCCACGCCUGCCGCCACAUACGCCCACAUCUACGACCGGGACUGGGAGUGCGACACGGAAGUGCCCGCGGAAUCGGUGGGCAUUCAUGUUGAUAUUGCCCGUCAGCUGGUGGAAAAUGCUCCGGGAAAUCGCUUCAAUGUGAUCCUGGGCGGCGGAAUGUCCCCCAUGGGCAUCCUGAAUGCCUCCGAGGUGAAGACUACGAUUUUCGAAGGACCCACGGAAACGAUUUGCAGCCGAGCUGACAAUAGGAAUCUACCUGCCGAGUGGUUGGCUCAUCACGCCAACGACACAGUUCCUCCAGCAUUGGUACACAACCGGAAGGAUCUGCUCAAUGUGGAUGUCAAGAAGGUGGACCACUUGAUGGGGCUGUUCCGAAACAAUCACAUCACUUACUCCAUAGCCAGGGAGGCAGGAGAGCCUUCGCUGCAGGAGAUGACGGAGACGGCCCUGGGAAUCUUAGAAAGGGGCGAUGAGUCCAACGGCUAUGUGCUCCUCGUAGAAGGAGGCCGCAUCGACCAGGGUCACCACAUGAACUAUGCCCGUGCUGCACUUCAUGAACUCUACGAGUUCGAUUUGGCAAUCCAAGCGGCCGUGAACAACACUGAUCCCGAAGAAACGUUGAUCCUGGUGACGGCCGACCAUUCCCACGCGGUUACCUUCAAUGGCUACGCCCUCCGCGGAGCUGACAUCCUGGGAACAGCCAACUCGCACGAGAAAAACGAUCCCAUGUUCUACGAGACCAUCUCGUAUGCCAAUGGUCCUGGCUAUUGGGACCACUUGGCGAAUGACUCCAGACCUCAGAACAGUUCCAACAUGUGGCUGCCCUUGAAGCACUUUACGGAAGAGGAGCGGACUGCUCCAACCUAUCGCCACUUGGCAACGGUUCCCAGAAAGGACGAAACCCACGGCGGCGAGGAUGUGGCUGUUUUCGCAUAUGGACCUGGUUCCAGUUUGAUUCGCGGCGUCUUCGAGCAGAACUAUUUGGCCUAUGUGAUGAGCUACGCGGGCUGUUUGGGUCCCGCCAAGGACUUCGAUGACUCCUGCGAGGAUCACAAGAACGAGCCAAAGGAGAGGCCGCUGGAGAAACCCAGUCCCAACAAAAGUGGUGCCUCAGUUUUGGGAGUCUCCUUCAUCCCCAUUGUGACUGCUGCCACUGCGGAUUAUAGUCGUACGGAUGGCUUCGUUGAAUGAGAGUGAGCAAGAUGGAGGAGUGAUCGUUGCAAUUUAACAAAUAGAUACACUACAAAAAAUGUGCAAUGGAUUUUAUUUUUGUCAUGGUAAACUAAUAGAAAAUCCCGGCCAUAAAAACA